GCUUUGAACGAUUAGUGUCGGAAAUCAGUAUUUCAACACCAGACUUUUAAAUUUCAUUUCUCUACGCGCUCUGCCUCUCUCUCUGCGUCGCUGUCAAUGCGAGCGAGCAAAAUGAUUGAUAGACGCUUAACCCCACACCAGCAAGCGUUGCUGCCAAAUGCCACUAUCACGCGCUGCCGACUACUCGCCUCGCUCUGCUUGCUACUUUGUCUUUCAGGUGCGGCGCUUGCUGCACAAUCCCCAACACCGGUUGUGACAGCCACUAACGCCACCACGAACGCAACGAAAUAUCCACAUGCCGCCGUCUAUGAGGCACAUGCCAAUCAGUAUUUAGACUGGGCCUCGACACGUAUGCAAAGCAUUUGGGCGCGGCGGCGCAGCAGUUUCCUCAAUCUCACCACCAAAGGACGCGGUUACAACGCCAUCAAUCAAGCGCCGAUUAAGCAAGAAAUCGAAAAUGACUAUCGCCACCUCGUGUAUGCAUUGGCGAUGAACCUCAGCACCGUACCGGUGAUGCAGCUGAAAGAUCCAGUAUUGCGGCGACGUGUGAGACGUCUCGCAAAAUUGCAACUCUACGGUCUGCCGGAUAAGGAUUACGAGGAAGCCAAGGAUUUGUUGCAUACGAUGCAAACGUUUAUAACCUCACGCAUGGUUUGCUCGCUGGGAGACUGUCAGCAAACGGUCGCUAUGGUGCCGGCGAUAGUGAAUCAUGCAAUGCGCACGAAGAGUCUGGCUGACUUGGAGUACUUUUGGCGUGAAUGGCGUUCGGUGUUGGCGGAUCGUAAUCGUGCCAAAUCGGCUUUCAUCUCAUAUGUGCGAAUGCUGCGCCUGGCGGCCUCAUAUAACGGCCACAUAACCCCAUCACGUACCUGGUAUCUGUAUUACGAUACUGAUAAUUUUCAACGUGAGCUGGAGAAUGUCGUAUGGGAAAUAAUGCCGUUAUAUCAGGAAUUACACGCCUAUCUACUGAAAAGUGUACGCAGCACUUAUGGCGAGAAAUUGUAUGCCGAAGAGGGCGCCAUACCGGCGCCUGUGUUGGAGCAAAUUGUACGACAGGCUUGGUCGCCGCGCCCUGUUUUCCGCACACCCUUUCCGACGCAUCAAUUGCCGACCGUUAAGCAGCGGUUGGAGGAAAUACUUGUGACACCAGUGAAGAUUAUUAAAAAGUCAGCGGAAUUCUUUGAGUCCAUCGGGUUGAAUCAUAUGUCGGACUCUUUCUAUGAACGCUUUUCACGUCGCAUUGGCGAUGAGGAAAUCGGUUCCGAUUGUCACGCUGAAGUAUUCUACUUUCCACCGGAAGCGGCGCUACGCUAUUGCCCCAAGUUGGAUUAUAAGAAACUCUUGCAAAUGCACGGUAAUAUGGCCGAACUGCAAUAUAAUCUCUAUCGUGGACGGUUGCCUUUUGGCGUGGACAGCGAGCCUUGCCCGGGUUUUGCAGCUGCUAUUGGCGAAGCGGCCGUUAUCGCUUCGGGCACACCACGGCAUCUCAACCGAUUGCAUUUGCUCUUCAAUCACAGCUUGAGCGAGGAACAAUCAAUGAAUCGACUGUUCCGUAUGGGUAUUCACACAAUUUUGGCGAUACCACAGUACUUCAUAAAUGACAAGUUUUUGGUCGACGUGAUGGACGGUCAUAUUGGCGCUCAGGAAUUGAAUUGUGCUUACUGGAAUUUGCAGAAUAAGUAUGCUGGUAUUGUGCCACCGCAGCGUCGUAAUGAGAAUACUUUUGAUCCUGAUUUUAAAUUCUAUCGUGGUCUGAAUCCAGAGAAACCAAAUACCGAGAAAUUGCUUUCGGAAAUACUGGGCUAUCAGUUUUAUCGGGCAUUUUGUUUGGCCAGCGAACAAUAUCGACCCGGUGAUCCGGAAUAUCCAUUGCACAACUGUGAUUUUCAUGGCAGUACGAAGGCCGGUGAUUUGAUGAGGCAAAUGAUGGAGGCCGGCGCAACCAGGCAUUGGCGUGAUUUGAUGGAAAUCGCCACAGGUGAGCGUAAGCUGAGCGGCAAAGGUGUGAUGGAAUAUUAUGCGCCGCUAUACACUUGGCUGAAGGAGCAGAAUAAAAAGAAUGGCGUGGAAGCCGGUUGGGAUUCAGAGACCAGAUGCAGCAAGGACUACAACAUUUCAUCCUAAAGCUUUGGAUACCACAAUUCGCUCUUUGUAUUAAAAGUAAAUAUAUAUAUAUAUAUGUAUAUCGAUAUUUUUAUGAUAUGAUUAU